AUGGCCGAGCAGAAUCCCUCGCAGGCCAGACAGCAGUCGCAGUCCUACCCAUCGCCACAUUCAUACCCGUCGCCCUCCAUGCAGCCCACCUACACCUAUCCGCCGCCCCAGGGCCAGCAGUCCCAGGAGCCCUACCGCGCGUCGCCCACCGGCUCCAGCAUGUCGCUGCCCUCGUUGAAUCUACCGCCCAUCCGUCUCCAGGACGGCCACGGACAGCCUCCGCCGCAGCACCAGCCUGGACAGCAACCCAUGGGCUCGCCGCUCCCACCGCCAGUGCAGCCCAUGAGCGCGUACUAUCCCAAUCCGAAUCAGUCGCUGCCGCCGCCGGGCCAGCAGAUGAACGUCACGUCGUCGCCGCACCAGUUGGCGAUGCGAUACCAGCUGCCACCGCACCAGGGCGAGCAGAGGAUGAUGUCGGGCGGGAGACACAAGAAGGAGAUCAAACGACGGACAAAAACGGGAUGUCUGACGUGUCGGAAGCGGAGAAUAAAGUGCGACGAAGCGCACCCCACGUGUCGCAAUUGCCAGAAGAGCAAGCGCGAUUGCUUGGGCUACGACCCCAUCUUCAAGCAACAGCCCGGGCCCGCCCAAAUCCAGCCUGCACCCAGCGCUGCUCAACUGCAGCCCUCAAUACCAGCCUCCGCACCCCCACCAUCGGGUAGCUACGCUCAUGUGCCACAAGGUUACGCUCCCGCUGUCACGGCAGGGUACGCGCCGCCUCCAACCUCGGGUGGACAUCCGCCGUACGAUCAGUUCAACUCAGCUAUCGACCCAGCUCUCGCUGCCACAGAUCCGGCCCUGCAAGGUGGGCCACCACCGUACAAUGGCUCCGUGCCACCUAGUUUCAGGCCCGCUGUAGGAAGCGCCAGUCCAUACUCCUCCAUUGCUUCAGAUGUGCAUCCCGUCAAGGCAAAGCGAAUAAAGAUCAGUGACACCUUCUCCACCAAUGGACAUGCGCCUCCCGAAGUGCCUCCGCGAACAGGUCCAAUCACGGAGGCAGAAGACAGUGAGCUCACCGAAGUCUAUACCAAGGAUUACGUCAACGGCUUGUGCCACAUCCUAGAGACAGACUGGUUCAUCACCAACAACAACGGCCUUCACAGGAUCAUGAAUGACAAGGACUUGCACGAGGAAGCCCUUUUCUUUGUGAUGACAUGUCGUAGCUACGACAGCCAGCGUCUCGACUUGGCCAACCAGAUUACCAGCCAGGAAAUCCGUCUGGUUUGGCGCUUCCUCUGCGUCUGCAGACAAUCACUACCGUCCACAAAUGGAAUCAAUGGAUCCACCUCUAUCAAAGAGGAGGAUGACCUGCCUGUUCGAGAAGCUCGCGGACGACUCGACGUCCUGGAGGCGCUUUUGACUAACAACAGGCUAGAAUCAAAUCCACUUCUUAGGAUAUCCUACCCCGCGAACAUCGACCAAGCAAAGAAGGCACAGGUUGACUUCUGGGCGCACCUCGGCGAUUUCGUGGUCAAUGUGGAUAACGAGUCAACUCAUCCUGACACGGUCGAACGGUCGCUCUCCGCUAUGAGAGACAUUUUGCAGCAAAUUGAGGCACGAGAUGUCAUCUACUCUAUUGCCAUCGCACGGGUCGCCGGAAACCGUGUUCCUGGAUUUCCCCACAAUUUGCCACCCCCGAGGAGCAAUGAUCCGAACGACGACGUGAACAAAUUAAACAUCGCAAGGGGCUUCAUCACCGAUGAGUCCAAAGCUAGCACCCAACAGGUCAUCACUCGAAUCUGCGAAAUGGCCUUGACAUCUUGGAGAGUCAGCCGGUAG